AUGCAAUUCCUUUCGGCCAAGCUGAUGGUCUACGUGAGGGUGCUCUACCUUCUCAUCAUUGUCUACUACCUCCUCAUGGCCCCCGAGGAGCUCGGCACCAUCGGCAUCGUCGUGUUGUUGGGCCAGGCGAUGAAGGUGCCCUUAGUGUUCUUGACUAAGGAGAACCCCUUAGUGGGCAUUUUGGCGUUUAUGUUUUCUAUGCUUGCAUUAGCCGAUCUCGUGCCGUUGCUCCUGGAGAACUUGGCCUACUUCGAAACCAUCAUCCCCAUCCGGACCGCUAUAUACUUUGCCGUGGCCGCGUACUGCUACCUCGCCGAGCUGCCGUUGGCAAACUCGCUCGUGUUCACCUACGUGUUCUUUGAGGUGUGGAUCAACUUCAUCACCUACAACAACUUGCGGGACGAGAAGUACUACCGGUUCAAGAAGUUUGUCGAGGAGAACCCCCACGCCUUCGACGAGGCGGCGGGGGCCCAGGUGCUUGUUGAUACCGAUUAA